GCUUUAAAAAAAAGGAAAAUACAAAGGAAGAAAAUAAAAGAGCUUAGAAGUAACCGUGCGAUAGUACAUUUUUUAAUUUUAGGCUGGUAGCACUGCUAUCUCCAUGACGACAAGCUGUCAAACUGGCGCGGUGUUUACGUUUUUGAAUUAAAAGUAAAUCUUCUUUAUUCUAUCCAGAUUUAAAGAAUUUAAACUAUAAAAAAAUAAUUAGCAUCGACAAGGAAUAUAUUGAAUGCGCAACUAAGAUUUAACAGACCCUUGUCGCAAUAAUGCCUCGCGGAAGAUCGAAGGAAGUUUGCGAAAAAGUUGUGCAAAGUUUUAUCAAUAAAUGGAAGAAAAUUGCUCAAUUUUGUCCAGAAUUUUAUUGAAUUGCUCCAGUGACCUACUUAUGAACCUUCCCUUUGUUUCAUAAUCAUUCUGUGUAAAUAUAAUUAUUUUACAGAGGUUUAACCUAGGCUGAAGCAUCUAUCUUUCGUCUUUUUAUAUUUUUGUAAAAAAGAAGUGAAAAUGGCUAAGAUGCAAGACUGUCUCGUGAAAAGUUGACGAUGGAUGAGGAUAUAGCAAAGCCCACAAACUAUGGCAGGGUAUCCAAGAAGUACUCCAGCACAUCAUCACCAAAGAAGCUAACAUUCUCCGGAAACUUCACGGAGAAGCACAAAGUGUUUGACAUAUCUGCACCGCUGCGGAGAGCAAGCAUGCGUCAGGACAUAUUGGACCUUGUUGCUAGGAAGACAGAGUCUAGAAUUGAGGAAGCUAAAGGGUUGUCUGAUGAUAAUCCAAUGUAUGAGGAUCCUAGAGAUGUGAUUGGCGAAAAGCCCACCAAGCCGCCCAGAAAGAGGACCAUCCAAGGCAUAGCGGUGGCCUCACCUCGCUCCACAAAAGAAGGAAGGUCACUCCUCAAAGAGCAGAAGAGGAAGCUCACUAAGAAGUAUGAACAACUCAUCUCUUCAUUGAUGGAGAGGUGUGAAGAGAAUGUGGUUCAGCUAUCAGAAAAAGACUCCCAAAUUGCCAAAUUGAAAGAGAAACUAAAGUCCGUGCUAGAAUACAACAAAUUGUUUGCCGAAGAGAAUGAUCAGUUACGCACACAGUAUGACGCUCUAGUCAAAUAUGCAGAAGGGUGUAAGAAGGUCAUUAAGGAAGAGAGGGAGAGGAACAGAGUUUUGGAUACGAGAGCUAAAGAGUUGCAGGAGAAGGUUAAGAAGUUUGAAUUGCCUGAUAGAGAUCACGAGCCUUCAACAGCGAUACCUUUAGUAGAAGUAUGUAUGAGCUGCAGCAGCCGUCAGAUUAUACUGAACCAGGCGAGGGAACAUAAUACCCGAUUACAGAAAGACAUGCAGGCGCUUAAAGAUGUUUUGUACAGAUUAAACGUGCAACUGUCCCGCUACCAAGAGCGGCUUCGCAGCAACAUACAGAAGAUGGCGGAAGAGAAGCCUGAGGUCGCAUUCAAGCCGGGAGACAGAUAUGAUGCGUUAGAUUCGUUGCUCACUGCCAGUUUGGGGUAUAAAGAAACAUUGAACACAGACGAGGGACAGUCCAGGGUUGGUGCGGAAGAAACACCUUACACUGGCAGAACGGUUGACUUGUCUGGUCUACUCAGCGCACAGGCUUUAGCGCCCCUUUUCGAUGCAUAUCAAGAAAACUUACAAGAAAAGGACACCCUAAUACUAGACUAUGAAAAACAAUUUGAAGCCAUAAACAAAAAGUCUAAAGCCAUAGUUUCUGAGAACAAAACUUUGACAGACAAACUGAAGAGCUUAGAGACAGAAUUGGGAGGAAUGAGACAGGGAUAUAAGAAGUUGGUAGUAGAGAAAGAGACGGCUGAUAUUGAGAAAGCUACGUUUGUUGAGAGAGCAGAGAGGGCGGAGUCUAAAUUGAAGGAGGUUUAUGAGCUGUAUGAAGAUAAAAUGUCAGCAAUGAUGCGUGACUACGAGACAGUUCACCGCGAGUACUUCGCCGUGAAGAAUUCUCUAGAGAUGGCGGAGAAUAAGCUCGCACAGUUAGACGUAUUGCGGUCAAGAACUGUGCCCGCUGACAUGCAUGAACGGAGGCUCGAGCAUUGUAAGAGAUUACUAGAAGAACUGAAACACCAGUACAGCAUGGAGUCAGAACGCAAAACUGACCAGUUGACCAAGACUCAGGAGCAAAUGAAGAUAGUAGAAGACAAGUGCUCUAAGUUAACUCAGGAGAAUGAGAACUUGAUGGAGGAAUUGGAAAAGGCGUUGAAGAAUGUCAGGUUAUACCGCAAAGCAGCAGUAAUAUUCCGUCAGCGCUUAAAGUCAGCAUCAGCCCGAGUCACUCGCGCCCGCACUAGCGCGAGACGGAACAAGAAUAAUUCUGAACCACUGCGACAAGCUAUGACUGCGCUCGAUAGAAUUAAACAUGAGAUUAAGGCAGUAAAAUCCCGAGCGUACACCUCUCUAGAGGAGCUAGAACGUCGCAUCGUAGAACAGGAGCGUCGUGCUGCGCUCGCACAGUCAGAGUACCGGCGGGAACUGGACAGAGCCGAGCUAGCUCUGCAGCACAAGGAGGCCAUUAUACGCAGUCUUAUUGAUAAAGUCGCUGAUGUUGAAGAAGUUAGACUAAGCCAAACCAACACUCAUCGUCUUCAAGGCAUAGUAUCGGACUCCUCACCCGAGAGGUCCCCUGAACCGUCCACUAAGAAGGAGACCAAACCCUCAGUCAAGCUGGUGCCGGGUCACGGAGGGUAUUUCCAGGAGAAAGAAGCCAAAAGAAAGGGGAAAUGAACUUCUAGGGCAUUCUAGCUAGAUAAUACGGUUUCGACGAGUCAAAUUCGUUAUUGAACUGUCAAAAACGGUAUCUCUCUGUCUAUGCAAUAUGUAUGAAAAGGUAAACUAUGACAUCACAAACAUCAAACUGUAUAUUCAAAAUGAUGAACGUAAGUAGCAUUAUUUUAAGAUGCGUUAUGAAAAUGACGCUGGAUGCAGGUCUCCUCCAACAGAUAUCUGUGGAGCUCUAAGGGGGAGGCCUAUGUUCAGCAGUGGACGUCCUAUGGCUGAGAUGAUGAUGAAUAUGACAACCUAAUUUAUUUUUGUUCUAGUCAACUACCCAAUUGUAGAACUGUAUUGAACAAUUCUAUAUCAUCCUUGAACAAAUCUUAUGAACGAUCUAGUCAAAAUAUGGGUUCCUUCAGUAUUAACAUAUUGCAAUGAAUUAAAAAUGAAAAUACUUAUGAGAAUAUAAUUAUAUGAGGCACGUUUUAGCGUAGACCAGAUAUUUUUACACAUUUAUAAAUUCAUAUUAUACCAGCAAAUAUAUCUUUAUAUAUAUGUACACUAGCUUCCGGCAGCCGGGGACUCUGGGAACUACUUCGCACAUCCGAAUAAAAUCCUGUAGCCUUCUUUGAUAAAUGGGCUAUCUACCACUGAAAGGUUUUUUUCAAUUAGGUCCAGUAGUUCCAGAGUGCACUUAAAUGAACCAAUGUACUAACUGUUCAGCUUUAUAAUAUGAUUAAAGAUAUUAUACGCUUUAUUUAUUUAGGAUCUCCAACAAAAGAUGUACACAUAACAUGACAUAAGUAGUAUAAAAAACAAUGGGAAUAGUGUCGGUGUACUCCUUCACUUAAAGGAGACCACAGCAUGCACAAUUGCACUUCACUAGCUAACUAAAUUACAAAAAUAUCAAAAAAUAAAAUACAGUUACAAACUAAACACUUAUAAACAAAAUAUACAUAUACAAACAAUUUAUAUUGGCAAGGUUUUUAGGCAAGGUUUUAUGAUAAAACAGUCGUAAUCGUAAAACUGCCGUACUUAUUUUCAUGAUAUUCAGUACGCAUAAAGCUUGUGGCACAUUAUAGCAGCACCGCAACAGCACGGCUGCAGCACGGCGUCGCCUCGAAUUAAGACUAC